GUAAGAGAGAACAAGAAAUGGAGAAACAGAGAGACGAUGUAUUUACAUUCACGUGGGUUGUUGAAAACUUCAGUAUGUGCCAUGAGUCUACAGGAGAAUUCUUUUACAGUCCAGAUUUCGCUCUGAAUUCUCUCCCUGGCAUGAAGUGGUACAUUCGAUUAUAUCCGCGAGAUUUUACCAAAGAAAACUGUACCGUCAUUUCUCUCUUUAGAGAUGAUAACAUUCUAGAAAACUGUAAAGUAAGUUAUAGAUUUCAAAUAGUAGAUUGCAAAGGAAAAUCAGUUUUUGAUUCUAGAGAACAAAUAUACGUUUUUACGAAACUGACAUCCGUCGCAGGUUUGCGUGUGGAAAAGAGUUGUCUUUUUCAGGCACUAAAAAGCGAUAUCCUGACUAUAAAAUGCGUUCUAAAACCUGUGAUUGAAGCAAACGAACAAGGUACACUUCCUCCACUUCCGUACACAAGUGGAAUGUAUACGGAUGUUGUGUUACGUGCUGAAUGCGAAGUUUUCAAAGUGCAAAAAGCAAUUUUGUGGGCAAGGUGGCCUAAAAUGACAGAAAAAUUUGAAACAAAACAGACCUCUGAAGAAGUUCUGGGUGUUAAGUCCGAAGUCUUGGAUGCCAUCAUCAAAUAUGCGUACACUGGAAAAAUAGAUUUCAAAGGUUAUGAAUUUCUAAUACAACUUCCCGAAGCUGCUACAAAAUGCGAAAUGCCCACUUUGAAAUUUAUAGGUUAUGAAUUUUUAACAGAACUGUCAGACGCUGCUGCGAAGUACGAGUUUCUCACUCUAAUAUCUAUGCCUGUAGUGGGACAAAAAUGCCGAACCCACGUUGAUAUGCAAAGAAUUUCAUUUCAGUGGCCAAUAGAAAAUUUCUCCAUCUUGCCUGUUAAUACAACACUAAACAGCAAUGUGUUUGCUGUCAAUAAUGUGAAAUCCUGCAAAUGGAAAUUAGUGUUUUGCUUGCGUGAAGAUACAAAGAGUAGCAGAAAAUUUGAUAUAACCCUCUGCAAAGUCUACUGCAAUAAAAUGGAACGGGUUUUUGUGAGGUGCAAGCUAUCAUUCGAUAAGUCUGAUUCUUCCGCAAACGAACGCUUGUUCGAGUUCGACGAUAGCUGGAAAUGUGCGGAGUUUUCGCGAAGAAUUUCUAAAGAUCCAAAGGAUAUGCUGCUAAUUAAGUGCGAUUUAAGGUUUUCGAAUUGCGGUCACUUUUCUGAGAUCGUGGAAUCUUUUUGUGACGUCACUUCUUCUAUAAACUCUCAUCGUUUCAGCAGUGACCUUCGUAAUCUCUAUAGAAGUGGACAUUUAUCGGAUGUCAAUAUUGUAGUGGAUUCAGAAAUAUUUCCCGCGCACAAAUUUAUUCUGUGCGCCCGAUCGUCUGUGUUUUCGAGAAUGUUCCGUAACGAAAUGAAAGAUUCCGAAAAAAAUUCCAUUGAAAUUUCUGAUAUGGAUCCUGAGAUUUUGGACGAAAUGCUUCUGUUUUUGUAUUCGGGCAACUUAGACAAACCAUUAAGAGAAACAGCUGCGCAGCUGUAUGUAGCAGCUGAAAGAUACGAUCUACCUGCUCUUAAGAGAAAGUGCUCGUCGUUCCUGAAAUGUAAUCUUAAUGUCCAAAACGCACGCAAAGCUCUGCAGUUAGCGGAUUUGUAUUUCGACAGCGAUUUAUAUGAGAGUGUAUUCGAAUAUAUAAGUACACAUGCAGAAGAGGUGUUCUAAAGUGAUGAAUGGAAGGAGAUCUCUAAAAGUCACAUGUGUGCAAAAAUGUUGGAAAAAGCCAUAAUUCGUAAUAUCUCUGCAAAAUAAUUAAUAUCAAAUUCGGGAUCAGAAUAAAAAGAAUUCCUUUUUUGCGAAAUCAUAUAGAUUCCAAUAAUUUUUAAAAUUCACCGAACUAUCUCUUUCCGAGUCCUUCCCUAAGACGACCACUUCUGAAAGCGACCACGUUUCUGAGAGCGUAUUGACACCUCAUUAGUAAGAUGACCUAUCUCCUCAAAAACCAGAAUCAUUCUAAAUCGCUGGUGGUUGUCUUAGAGAGGAUUUUAGUAUAUUUAUGUUAAAAAUCUACUUUAACAUUUCGUUUGCAGAAUUCAAAAUUAUUUCUCGAAUUUGAAAUUAUCGAUAAAGAUGUAAAUAUUUACAAAAUUAAGUACUGAAAUUCUAGAUGGAAAGUAGGUUGAAUAUUCUGCUAUUCAGUUUUACGAUUAUUUUAAAUAAUCAAUUAAUAUUGUACUUAUUCGAAAGAUUGACUGAAGACAUGGAUUUCGUUUAGGACAUUCGUAUUAGUUUACAUUUUAUAAUUUAAUUUAUGAUACUUUGUUAAGAACUGGUUAAAUUAUGCAACACAAAAUAAAAGAAGAAAUGCGUAUAAUGUUCAUCCCAUAUUUAAUUUGUAAUAAAACACAUGCAAAAACUAUAAAAGAGAAAUACAGUGGCAAACUGUAAGAAAUAGGAGAAUAUGCCAAAACCGAAUAUGAAAAUAAAAUUUACAUCUUUUACUGCAUCGUCGUCAGGGGGUUGUUGCACUAAAACAAGCAAAUAAAUAAAAAGCCCUUUUCUGAACAGGCAAAGAUACAAAUUAAGAUUUAAAAUUUUAAAUUAAAAAAAUAAUAAACUCUACAAAUUUUCCCAUUCGUUAAACUGAAGCGAAUUAAUAUUUCACUUAAGUAAGCGGUCUUUUCAGGAUUCAUAAUCCAGGUAAUUCGAUGUUUUACCUUUUUCAAAUUAUGCAUUUUUACUUCUGCAUAUUUUAUGUUACAGUUUUAAAAUAUAGUUAUGAUACUUUGUAUUUUAAUGCAGCAUUUAAUUAAUAAUGUAAUAUGAUUAUGAGUUUCUUUAUAUUUACAACCAGGAACUUAAUGAUGUUGUGCUUAACUAAUUCCGUAAUAUAGUUAUGAUACUUCUAAAUUUAUUGUAGCAUUUAAUUAGUUCUGUAAUAUCUGUAUUUUCUGUUAAUAUCUGUAUUUGAACGCUGUGCUUAACUAAUUAUGUAACACAGUUAUGAUACUUUGUGUCAGUAACUUAAUUUAGCGCUUAAUUAACUGUAUAUUAUUUGGUUAUGUCUCUAUAAUAUUGCUAUGUCUUAUUAUUGUAUACAAUAUUGCUGUUCUGUAAUAAUUAUAUAUUAUUUUGUAUCGAUAUUUUAAAGUUGUGUAUAAUACUGUUUAUAUCUGUAUUUUAACCGUUAUGCUGACUUAAUUUAACAAUGUGAUUAUGAUACUUUGUGUCUGUAUUUUAAUGGACUAAGUAAUUAAUUCUCUAAUACAGUAAUGAUACUGAUUCAGAAGUCAAACAACAAUAAUGAUACUUUGUGUUUUAAUUUUGAGCUUAAUUAAUUCUAUGAUAAUUUGUAUCUGUAUGUCAGUGCUGUGUUUUAUUCAUGCUGAAGUAUAGUUAUUAAACUUUGUAUUUGUAAAUUAAUGUAAUAUUCAAUUAAUUCUGCAGCAUAAUUAGGAUAGUAUGCACAUUUAUUUUAAUGUAGUGCUUAAAUUAUUGUGUAAGAUACUUAUGAUACUUUCUAUAUCUAGUUUAAUUUAAUGCUUAAUUAAUUCUGUGAUGAUGCUAUAUUUUAUAUCAAUAUUUUAAUGUUGUACAUAAUCGUGUUAUAUAAUUUUGUAAUUUAUAUUUGUAUUUUAAUGGCUAUGCUGUUAGUUAAUAUAUACUAAUUAAUUCAGGA